AUGCCCUCAUUGGGAAACAACUGGGCUGCAUGGUGUUGGGGGAUGGUGCUGGGAUGCAUGGUGCUGGGAUGCAUGGUGCUGGGAUGCAUGGUGCUGGGAUGCAUGGUGCUGGGAUGCAUGGUGCUGGGCGGCAUGGUGCCGAGCGGCAUGGUGCUGGGCGGGAUGGUGCCGGGCGGCAUAGUGCUGGGCGGCAUGGUGCUGGGCGGCAUAGUGCUGGGCGACAUGGUGCUGGCCGGCAUGGUGCUGGGCACCAUGGUGCUGGGAUGCAUGGCGCUGGCCCCCCCGUCCGUCAGCGCUGAUAGGCCAGAUGACGUUUUUCCUUUUCUCCCUCCAUUCUGUCUCCUUUCCAUACCUUUCCCCUCCCCUUCCCUCUCCUCCUGUGUCCCGUUUCCCUCCCCUUCCCCUGCCCUUUCCCUCCAAUUUCUCUCCCCUUUCCCUUCCCUUUUCCUUCCCUUCCCCUUCCCCACUCCUUCCCCUCCCCUUUCCUCCCCCUCCCCUCCCCUUCCCCUUUCCUCUCUUUCUGAUCCCCCUCCCAUUCCCAAUCCCUUCCCGCUCCUCUUAGAUGGCAAAUACGCAUUGAGGAUGGUGGCCCACGCGUGGUGGGAGUGGAGGAGCUGCUACUCAGCACACCCGAAGAGCCUUGAAGAUAGAGAGCCACUGGAGGGUGUGCUCGUCUGCCUCGCCACGCGUAUCAAGGAAGGAGACCACAAUUCUGCCUACGUUGCUGCAGCAGAGAGAGCCUUGAAGUUAAUCUCGAUCCACGGAGUUGUUCACUUAUAG